ACCAAACUAUCUACAUAUUCUUCUACUAAAUCUAGCAUUGUUUAAUAAGACAUUUGACUGCUUCAGUUUCCAUAUAUGGCUAUGGUUACAUCAUUGGUGAGCGAAAGGCCUGUUGUUAUAUUCAGCAAAAGCUCUUGCUGCAUGUGCCACACCAUUAAGACACUGAUUAUUAAUUUUGUUGCAAAUCCUACAGUUUAUGAGUUAGAUGAACACCCAAACGGGAAACAGUUAGAGAAGGAAUUAAGAGGACUAGGAUGCAAGCCAAGUGUGCCAGCUGUAUUCAUAGGAGAGGAACUGAUUGGUGGUGCUAAUGAAAUAAUGAGCCACCAUCUUAAGGGACAACUGGUACCGUUGCUCCUCAAGGCUAAUGCUAUAUGGGUUUAGUCAAACAUAGUCAAACAUAAAUAUGAAUAGGAGUGUUAUAAUUUCUAGUCAUUAGACAAUAACAAAUACUCGUUUCAGCCUUCUUUAAUGAUGUUUUAGAUCCAUUAAGAACUGAUGUUCAAAUUUCCGUAUGUAAUUUC